AUCCUGAGCUCAACACCGACAUCACACCAACAUCCAGAUCACCCAAGGACACCUGGGACUGACUCAAACAAGCUGCCCCCCAGCUGCGAAGGAGAUAAUUGCUUUCUUCAACAGAAGGGGUUUCAACCUCCAAACACUCGGCGAAUCUGAAUGCCCUUCCGGACACGUGUCGCCACCCUUCAUGUGGGCACCCAGAGUUUGUCUCCAGUGAGUUGAGUGAUGAACUUCAGCAGGGAGGUGGCCCGACAGACCAGUUGUUAUACAUAUGUGAUAGAGGAUGAGGAUCCAGCUCUGGCAAGUCUUAAUGUAUUCGAGUUGGCUGAGAAGGGUGACCUGGCUCUCCUGGAGAACCUGGUCAAGAAGAGCCCAGAGGUCCUGAGUGAGAAAGAUGAAUGUGGAGCCAGUCCCCUUCAUCACGCCGCCGCAGGGGGCUACAUCACCCUUAUCCAAUUCAUCACCAGUGUCACAGACUCACAGGAGCUGAACAGCUGUGAUGAGCAGGGAAAUGUGCCCCUCCACUGGGCUGUGGAGAGGAACAAAGCGGAGAGCUGCAAGGCUCUUCUGGACCUGGGGGCCGACCCCAACAUCCUCAACAUGGCCCUGCUGUCCCCCCUGCACCUGGCUGUCAGCCUCGGACACAACAGCCUGGUGGAGCUGCUGCUGUCCUACUGUGCCACAGACAGCAAUCUUCAGGGAGACCUCGGGAACACCCCGCUGAUACUGGCCUGUUCAAUCAAUAACUGUGAGGCUCUCAACAUAUUGAUUAAGAACAGAGCGCGGCUUUGCCAACAGAACAAGCUGGGCCAUUUCCCCAUCCACGCCGCUGCCUUCGCAGGUGCAAAGAAAGCCAUGGAGGUGAUCCUGAAGGCCGGAGAGGAGACUGGCCACCACACUGAGUCACACAUCAACUAUUUGGACAAGUCCAAUAGCAGUCCCCUCCAUCUGGCUGUGCGCGGAGGGAAUAUGGAUGCCAUCCGUCUCUGCCUCGCAAAUGGCGCCAAAGUUGACCAGCAACAGAAUGACAGGUCCACGCCGCUUCAUUUGGCCUGCACCCAGGGUGCUACUGAGGUAGUCAAGCUGAUGCUGUCCUCGUUUCACCAAGUGGAAGACAUCAUCAACCUAACUGACGGGGCGAAUCAGACCCCUCUACACAGGGCUACAAUAUUUGACCACACAGAGCUGGCUGAGUACCUAAUUUCUUUGGGCGCAGACCUUAAUGGGAUUGAUUGUAAAGGAAACUCUCCCUUGCUGCUGGCUACGAGCUGUGGAGCAUGGAGGACUGUGGCUCUGCUGCUGUCAAAAGGAGCGAAUGUAAAUGUGAAAGACAGAUGCGGAUGUAACUUCCUUCACCUGGCCAUUCUGCAGCCCAAAGGUCUGAAAAACCUCCCGGAAGAAGUCCUGCAGCAUAGCAGCGUGAAGGAACUGCUUAGCUGCGAGGAUAACGAGGGCUGCACCCCGCUCCACUACGCUUGCAGGCUGGGUAUCCAUGACUCAGUGAAGAACAUGCUGGGCCUCUCGGGGCAGGUCGGCCUCGCGUGCAAGUCCAAGGACAAGAAGUCCGCCCUGCACUUUGCUGCUCAGUACGGGCGCAUCAAUACGUGUCAUCGAUUGUUGGAAACAAUCACAGACUCUCGUCUGCUAAAUGAAGGUGACGAGCGAGGCCUGACGCCGCUCCAUUUAGCUUCAAGAGAGGGCCACACCAAGGUGGUACAGCUGUUGUUGCGCAAGGGAGCUCUCUUUCACAGUGAUUACAAGGGCUGGACUUGUCUGCACCACGCUGCGUCUGCAGGAUACACACAGACUAUGGACAUUCUCCUGGCAGCCAAUCCCAAGUUACUGGAUAAAACUGAUGAGGACGGGAACACUGCGCUCCACAUCACAGCCAGAGAGGGACAUGUGGCUGCAGUCAGGCUCAUGCUGUCUCGGGGAGCAGAGCUCACCUUAAACAAGAAUGACACGUCGUUCCUGCACGAGGCUCUGCAAAAUGGGAGGAAAGAUGUGGUCAACGCUGUAGUUGACAGUGACAGAUGUGCUGAUGCUUUGGGGCUGUUCACACCCGGCUCCAACCAGCGAUGUCCCAUAUUAGACAUGAUUGAGUUUCUUCCUGAGACCUACAAGCACCUAUUGGACAGCUGUGUGAGGGAAUCUGACGACGAUCACAACAGUCCUGACUACCAUAUUGAAUACAACUUCACAUGGCUCCAGGCUCCGCUUGCAUUGAAGAAGGUAGCUGACAAUACCGUGAAGUUUCGGCCACUGGCUGCACUUAACGCGAUGGUGCAGUACAACCGCAUUGAACUCCUCAACCACCCUGUCUGCAAAAAGUACCUGGCGAUGAAGUGGGUCGCCUAUGGGAGCAAGGCUCAUUUGCUCAACAUGUUUUUGUACCUGUUGGGCCUGCUGCCCCUGACUCACCUGAUAGUGGCUCUGAGGCCCUCUAUGAACACCACUGCCACGGGCGAGCACAGUAUCACCAUGGUGCCAGUAUCUUUCAUACAGCAAAGUCUGUUCUUGUCCAUCUGCAUGGUGAUGGUCGUGGUCAUGAACAUCUACGCCAUAGCGAAGGAGGUGGUGCAGAUAUCACAACAGCGCUGGAAUUACUUCAAGGAUUAUUCCAACCAGUCUGACUGGUUUUCAGCCAUCCUCUGUCUUCUGUUCGUCAUUCCCACCAUGCUAAAUGUAGAAGGUUCUUUACACUGGCAAGCAGGGGCACUAGCAGUUUUAAACUCCUGGGUUGGAUUCCUCUUGUAUCUCCAGAGGUUUGAGGGUGUUGGCAUCUAUGUUGUGAUGUUUUGGGAGAUCAUGAGAACACUGGUCCGUAUCGUGAUGCUGUUCUUCUACCUGAUGUUAGCAUUCAGCUUGGCGUUCCAUGCUCUGAUGCUCAACCAGAAAGAGUUUGACAGCGUGCCACUCUCAGUGAUACAAACCUUCGUGAUGAUGGUCGGGGAACUGAACUACCAAAAUAACUUCCUGGAUGCUUAUCUGAAGAAGGAGCUACCUUUUGGUCUCCUGACUUAUUUCAUCUUUGUGAACUUUGUUCUGCUCAUGCCAAUACUGCUGGUGAACCUGAUGAUUGGCUUAGCAGUCGGAGACAUUGCUGAAGUACAAAGGAAUGCUGCCCUAAAAAGAAUAGCCAUGCAGAUUGAGCUCCACACUGCUCUGGAAGACAAGCUGCCUUAUUGGUUUGUGAACCGAGUCGACAAGAACUCCAUCACUGUCUACCCCAAUCGCAAGUGCUCCAAGCACUAUAUAAAGCAAUUAAUCACAGGUGAUGAUGACGAAAGUGAAGUCUGGACUCGUCUGCAUGCCAAAUCACAGAAGUGCUCUUUUUUAGAGGACGAGCUCAAAAAGCAAAAGCGCAGGAUGAAGGAGGUGUCGAGCAUGCUGGAGAAACAGCACAACCUCCUGAAGCUCGUCAUCCAGAAGAUGGAGAUCAGCUCGGAGGCCGACGAGUACGACGGCCCCGUGAACAUCAGGAGCAGGAUGUGGCCGAGCUUGGCUCAGGCCAAGCCAAGAGGACAGCGCGUGUCCCGGUGGGUCCCGCUGAUGAAGGCCAUCGAGUCCAAGAGAAAAUGAAGAGGAUGGGAUGGAGAGAGCAUCUCAACCUAGCAACACGAGAAUUAUCACUAGAUCAUAAAGAUCUGGGUAUAACUUGCAUAAUUAUGAGCUGCACAAUGUGUUAUUAAUUACAUUCCAUUUUUUUCAGUCGCUUUUUCAUCCAUAACAUUUGCAUAAGUGUGUUUCUCAAAACAAUUCACACAAACCGCACCACAUAAUGGAUCCCCUGUAAGAGCCCAUAACUUUCUCAGAUAUUGAUAUUAUGUGUGUCAUUGUCAUCAAAAUGUGUUUUCUGCACUCGUACUGCGUGGCAUAUAUCAGUUUCAGCAGAACAAAGUUACACAUUAUGUGGGAGAAUGCAAGAGCCUUCACUGUUUGUGCUGUCGUUCACUGACAGGCCCUGUCAUUGAUCCAGAAAAGAAAAAGACAAGUGUUUUACAGCACAAAGCAAACAAAAAAAAAAAAGAGACAAAAUUGAGAAAGUAAACACAGGAAACGAGGCUCAGGCAGAAUUACAGUGCAGUCUAUCUACACCUCCUGUCUGUCAGGCCACUGAUCCUCACCCACAUCACAACAGAGAUCUCACCUCGCAAUGCACAAAAAUCUUCUGCACUCAGCCACUUGUCAGGGUUGUGUUGUGCUCCCUCUGUAUGUAUGCCGAUUGAAGGUUCAUGACAUGCACCUGUGAGCUCUUUUAGAGAUCCGGUUUACCAUUGGUGGACCCAACCCGUCUCACACACACACACACACACACAAGCGAUUCAUCAACUCAAGGCACAUUUACAAAAAGAAAAAAAAGUCGAAGAAAAACAUAAAGAAAAUAUGCUUGACAGAUUGUGACAGCUGGUUCAACCAUUUUGCAUGUAAUGACUUAUGUGAUAAUCUAAUGUCUAAAUGUUAGGACUAUUUAAGAGAACCACUAUAAUACAGUUUAAUCAGCAUGACAUGAUGCAUGCACCAAGUGACAGAGAAAACUCAGAUUGAGCCCUCAUACCCACUAUAUCCAUCCUGUAUAUUGUAACAGUUGCUCUUAAUUGAGUUGUCCUAAUUAUUGUGUGGUUCAGUACUGAAUAUUGUUGUGUACUGGACUCAAACCUAGGGUAUUAGUGGUAUCAUUAAUUUUUCACUGUAGGCUGAAACAGUAAUUUCUUGUCCAAUAUGGCGCUGCUAAGUUACACUGGUGACCCACUGAUAAUGUUGAAUGUUUAGGUCAUAACUACUACUACUUCUAUAAUGCUGUAAUGUGUCUCUCUGGGAAAUAUGUGCUAUGUCUCAAAUAUGAUGUUUUA